CUUAGAGGAUAGAGGCUUAGUGGGACCUUGGGUUAGGUUGACCACAAAUAUUGUCUCAGAGAGGGACGUCCAAACAACCAAGACAUUCUAUCCAUGUAUAGUUUGAUUUAUUCCUUAUAUGUACUCAUGUCUAAAGCUCCUGCUCUCACUCUGAAAAUUCUCUUCCGGUCUAAUCUCCUGGAUUAAUUGACAGAGCUAAUUAUUUCCACUGGACUCCUCUCGAGGCCGUUUGAAUCGCUGUUGUAGGAUAGAGUAAGCAUUGUUGUCCGAGAUCUGUAAGGCUGAUCCAUUUAUUUAUUUAUUUAUUUAUUUUAUUUGAACUUCAGACCUGUCAAGAUGAAGGACCGACUGGCGCAGUUGAAGGAGAAGAGUGAUGCAGGAGGAGAUGACAUUGAGAUUCCUGUAGAGAAUGAGGCGUUUAUGGAUGAUUUCUUUAAUCAGAUUGAAGACAUCCGUUCCAGCAUUGACAAGAUUGAAGAGAGCGUCACAGAAAUAAAAAAACUCUACUCCAGCAUCUUGUCCGCCCCCACACCUGACCAGAAAACACAAGAUGAUGUUGAAGCCCUCACCAAUGAGAUCAAAAAGUCAGCCAACAACGCACGAAACAAACUCAAGAGUAUUGAGCGCCAGCUUGAGUCAAACACAGAUGACAGGGCCUCAGCCGACCUCAGGAUACGCAAAUCACAGCAAGCUAUCCUGGCCAAGAGGUUUGUAGAGGUGAUGACGAAAUACAACGAGGCUCAAGUUGACUUCAGAGAUAAGAGCAAAGGACGAAUCGCCCGGCAGCUGGAGAUCACGGGGAAAGCUACAACUGAUGAAGAACUGGAAGAGAUGCUGGAGGGAGGCAACUCAGCUGUCUUCGCUGCUGGGAUCACAGACUCUAAAAUCAACCAGCAAGCCCUGAAUGAGAUUGAGGCUCGUCACAAAGAUAUCAUGAGGCUGGAGAGCAGCAUCAAAGAGCUCCAUGACAUGUUUGUUGAUAUCGCCAUGCUGGUUGAGAAUCAGGGUGGCAUGAUUGACAGAAUUGAGAGCAACAUGGAUCAGUCAGUUGGUUUUGUAGAGAGGGCGGUGGCCGACACCAAAAAGGCAGCCAAAUUCCAGCAGGAGGCACGCAGGAAACAAAUGAUGAUCUUCUGCUGCUGUGUGAUUUUGGCCUUGAUACUUGGAUCCUUUCUCUACAGCUUCAUCAAAUAGAAAAUCUGAAUGAGGCCCCCCACCAGCUAAGGCCACACAGUACAGGCCGAGACAGAGAGAAACUGCUCUCAGAUGAUCAUAGAACAGAGGCUGGGCUCUAUUUACUGUCAUUUUUACUCAUUAACAAUAUUUGCUUUUGUUUUCAGCCAUUUCUGAAUAUGUUAUUACAACUGUCUUUUCAUUUUCAUGGUGUCCCACAUUCACAUUCAGUUUCACUGCAGUGUCUGGAUAGUUAAAGUUGUUUCCAAAUGGACCUCAGGCCAGAGAGGAAACCUUAAUAUGAAUUCAUGGCAUUUAGAUUUAAUGUAUCUGCCUCAUAGACAUUUAGAUCAGCGUUAAUGGCCAGCUGCAGGACUCACUGAAAGCCAUAUAAUGCUAGGGUUAAACGAAGCAUUACAAAAUAUUUGAGACACCUUUAAAUACCUGCCAAUAGUCCCAACAAAAAACCUGAAUAUUAUAGUCUUUAUAAAUGUGAGAUGUGUUGUAUAGAGCUGUACCUACUGCAGUGUAAAUCAGCAUACCUUCCUUAAAAACUGUCUUUGCUCUCAGGCUCUGACUGUGGUAUAAUUACUACUGCAGUAUUUGUAGGUUAUUAGGUGCAGGAUUUGUCUUUUGACUUUUAAGUAGUGUUUAUAUCACAUCAGAGUGUAAUAGUAGAAAAGAUGACCAUAUGGCGUAACUACCCCUGUAAGGCCUGUAUGGGUCAUCAAAAAUAUUUUAUAUUCAAUAGGGCUGCUAGCCUGUGCUACCACGGUAUCUUAUUAGCUUUCAUUUACAUUCUUGACCAAUUUUCACAAAAUAUAUACAAAAUUAUACAAAUUUCCUUCCAAAGCUGUCAAACCUGAAAUAAUUUCCUAAGUGAGAUUCUAGAGAGGGAAUUUCCCCAUCAACUACUCUCUCAUAUGAUUCAACUACUUCAAUGCAACAGCACUGAAUAGUUAUCAGGAUUUGCUGUCACAAAUACUUUGAAUCAGUGAAAAAACUAAUCAAACCAGCCAAUAAAUAAUAAUGAUUUAUUAAUGAGUAAACUGACCUCAGACAGAGGUCUGCAGCACAACUGCAUGACUACCCAUCAUUAUGGUGCAUAUCUGUGAAGUCAGUAUCCUAAGUAUUGAGACAACUCUUAUUAUUUGUGUUUUGAUGGGGAAACCAGACUCCUGUGCCAAUACUUAUGUAAUCGACUGCAGCUGAUGAUACCUGCACUUGCUGUGACUCCAUAGUGGGCAUUUUUUAGUUUAAUGAAGGAGGAAAGUCACUUUCCUUAAAUAAUUUACAUAUACCCCUGUUUGACCAAAGCUGGUUCCCAAUUGUGAACGGUUCUUUGGUUUUCCAAUGCCAAAGUACCGGCUCUCUGAUGUCUCGUUCUUGAACGAUUCGUUCUAAAGAACAAAUUACUUGGCAGAACGAAAAGUACUGAAUCUCUUCCUGAAGUGCUAAUAUAUAAGUAGCGUGCACACGGAGUUGCUCAAGUCCACCCCCACGCCAGACUUCUUCUUCUUUUUUAUUUUUAUUGUCUUCUUUUUGUGUUUCCUGUCAGUGUUUCAGUUCAUGUACUGAAGUCAUGGUACAGUGAACGAGAUUCCUGGUUCGUUCUCUGUCUCACUCAGUGAGACGUCCAAUGAACGUACUGCAUCAGUCAUUCAGUUCACUGAAGUACUGGUACAGUGAACUGAAGCCCUGUGAGAGUCGCCUGUAUUGAUAAAGGGCGCUUUUAUUUAGAAACUAAAUCAAGUGAGAUUAUACUGUAAAGAUAUCACCAAGGAGUUCAAUGUUUUAUCUUUAAGCACCCCCUAAGAGGCUAGUUUUCUAAGUUCUAAGUAAUCUUGCAUAUUUAAGUAUUUUUUGUGUUUAAAUAAGUUUUGGAUAAAAUUAAACUCAGUUCUUCAUGCUAGUAAGGUUUGGCUAGUAAUAGUCUUGUAUUUCUGUGUGUUUUAUAAUUGUUAUUGCAACUUUGAGUUUGCAAACUGUAGCUUUAUCAUACUUAAUUAUGUUAGCAGGCUAGCGUUAGCUGACAACAAAGUCCAACAUUAAGAUUUUACGUUCAGUGUUAUUAAGAAUGUAUUCAGUGUCCAUAGUGAUCAAAAUGAGCAGCACAGAUGUGUUGUAGAGACAUAUAGUCUGCCAUUGUUAUUAUACUUGCGGAGAGGGCGGAGGCAUAUACAGACGUUAGCAGUAGCUUAAUGACGUGGCUCUAGACCAGGGAUGGGCAACUUGAGGCCCGGGGGGCACAUACGGCCCGCACCCUCACUUGAAGUGGCCCUCAGUAUAACUACAUGCAUUUGAGCAUGAAAUCUUAAAAGUGCAGUGUAAAAAUGCACAAAAUGACUUCUUGCAAUUAAUGUUGGUCUGCUGUUCUUGCACUGAAAAAAAAAGAAAUCACAGUAAGUGGUUAUUUUUUAUUUGCUUUAAACCUUUUGUACUCCUAUUUAUACUGUUAUACAUGCAUUUGAGCAUGACAUAUGUUAAGUUAUUGCACUGUAAAUAUAUUUAAAAUUGCAGUUUCAUCAUAUCUGGUUAAGUGCACGGUCCUACAUGUGGCCCUGUGGUAGUGGCCAUGAAAAAUUGUGGCCCCCUCCAGCAUUUAAGUUGCCCAUCCCUGCUCUAGACUCUGUGGAAACAGGUUCAGAGCUGGUUCGCAAGUUAAACCAACUGUGAACCAGUAAUACCACUGGCCGGGAACCAGCUCUGGUCGAAAAAAGGGUAAUAUUGGAGUUUUGAUGUUGAAAUGAUUUAAAGAUGAUUGAUAGGAGACACUACUGUAUGUUCUUAAAAUAGUAUAUAUAUAUAUUCUGAAAGCAUUAGUUUAGAAAUGGAAAUAAACACAGCCCUGUUGUAUUUGAUGACACUGAUGCUGCCUUGGGGGUGUUUUACUGCUUACAGGUAUUUUUGUUUGUGUAUUUACAAGGAUUGCUUUCAUUUUAAAUGUGUGUGGUUGGCCCCUCUUCUUUUUUUUUUUAAAGGACUACGACUGUAUUUCCAAGGAGUUUGUUCUUGUUUCAUGCCAUGGUUGGUCUUUCACAUUAACAUCCUUCUUCUUUGCUCUUAAUCCACAAAUGUAGUCCACUACACUCCAGGUUUGGGCUGACAUUGUCACUGCACUGCAGCCCACUCCUGCAACGUCAUCCUACUCUUAAUAGGAUUUUAUCUUUUGCAAUUUGCAAGAUUUAUUUCAGAAUAGUGUAGAGCUUGUGCAUUGAUCAGCAAAAUAAAACCUCACAUUUUAAUGUAA